GGAAGAUACAAAUCAUUUGGACUUCCCCGUGCACACAAAUUCCGAGAGGGACACAAAAAUUCUAGUUUACCGCCAAAAACAUUCUUUCCAAAAUCGACAUUUGCUCUCCUCCUCUAAACGAUAUCUCUCGGGAUCUUCACGCUUAAAUCAGAUAGGGCCUAGGGUUUCCGACUUCCGAGCAUCGUCAACUUUGUUACUCACCGCCGGCGGACGGAGAAAAUGUCUCCUUCUUCAGCCACCACUUGCACUUCCCUUCUUCAAGAGUUGCAGAUAAUAUGGGAUGAGAUUGGUGAAAGUUACAAUGAGAGAGACACGAUGCUGCUUGAACUUGAGCAGGAAUGUCUGGAUAUAUACAACAAAAAGGUUGAGAAGACUCGCAAGCACAGAGCUGAGUUACAACGAUCGUUAGCUCAAGCUGAAGCUGAAAUUGCCAGCCUCAUGUCUGCACUUGAUGAACAAGUCUCGUUUUCAAGGAAAGAAGGCUCUUUGAAGGAGCAGAUCUCUUCUGUAAAGCCUGUACUGGAUGAUCUGAUGAUGAAAAAGGAUCAGAGAUGCAAAGAACUCUCCGAGACUCUUACACAAAUUGCAGAGAUCUCGUCUAACAUUGCGGGGAAUGAUUAUCCUGUUGGCUCUGGUCCAGAAAUUGAUGAAAGUGACUUAACACAAAGAAAGUUGGAUGAACAAAGAGCACAUCUGCAGGAUCUUCGCAAAGAAAAGGCUGUUCGACUGCAGAAAGUAGAUUCUUAUAUCAGUGCUGUCCAUGAGUUGUCAGAGAUUAUGUCAUUUGAUUUCUCUAAAGCCUUGAAUAAUGUCCAUAAAAGCUUGACCGAGUUUUCGAAGACUCACUCGAAAAGCAUUAGUAAUGAUACUCUUGCUAGAUUAACAGAACUUGUAGAGUCUCUGAAGAAUGAGAAACGCCAGAGGCUGUUUAAGCUACAAGGUUUGGGAAUAACCAUGCAAGAGCUGUGGAAUUUAAUGGAAACACCUAUGGAUGAGAGAAGAAGAUUUGAAAGUUUAAGUAGUUUACUUUCUGUUCCAGCUGAUGAUGCCUUAGGAAAAGGAUGCCUCGGUCUGAACAUUCUCCGAGAGGCUGAAGAUGAAGUGAAAAGACUGAACGCCCUGAAGUCCAGCAAAAUGAAGGAAUUGGUGUUGAAGAGGCAGUGUGAACUAGAAGAAAUCUGCAGAGAGGUUCAUAUGGAUGUCAAUAGCGAUGCUGCAAGGCAGAGUCUUCUCGACCUCAUUGAUUCUGGUGAUUGUGAUCUGUCUGAUAUUCUGGCAAGCAUAGAUGGCCAAAUCGAGAAGGCAAAAGAGGAAGCUAUAAGCAGAAAGGAAAUUUUAGACAAAGUUGAAAAGUUGAGGCACGCAAAGGAAGAAGAAAAAUGGCUUGAUGAUUAUGAAAAGGAUGAAAAUCGAUUCAGUGCUGUAAGAGGAGCGCACAAAAAUUUAAAACGGGCAGAGAAAGCUAGGAGCCUGAUCAGCAAAAUUCCUGCAAUGAUCGACGGUCUGGCCACCAAAGUGAAGGCCUGGGAACAAGAAAGAGGAGUCCCCUUCUUAUGUGAUAAGUACCCGUUAUUACAAACACUGGAAGAAGAAAUUGUUCUGCGAGCUGAAAGAGAGGAGGAAAAGCGUCUACUCCGGGAGCAGAAACGAGUACAAGGUCACCUUGCUACAGAGAAAGAAGCAAAGUAUGGUUCAAAGUCUGCAAAGAAGAAGCCAUUGGGACAGAGCCUUAACACAGACAAUGUGACCAAAACUCCAAUCGGUCGACGGAUUGGGAAUACACCGGGACGUCCUGCUGUUUCUGGUGGCAAAGAUUUUAGAGGCAAUGCCGCAAUACCAUUGAACUAUGUUGCUCUUCAGAAAGAUGAUUAACCAUAGAUACUCAGAAAGUGAGGGUUUUAGAUAAGCACAGCCGACAUUACAUGUUCAUGAGCUGAGACUUAAGCUUCUAUUUUGUUUUAUGCUUCCUUCGCUAUUCAAGUUUUACAAAUAUUGGUAAAGCUAUGAAUAUAAAGUUGCUCAUUUCACU